AUGAAUAAGCAGGACCUGUACAAUGGAACCUGGGAUAUGGUUAGCAAUGAUAAUUUAGAGGGUUACAUGGCUGCACUUGAUAUUAACUUUGCAACACGCAAAAUCGCCUCCAUACUGAAGCCUCAGAAGGUUAUCAAACAAGAUGGAGAUUCUUUCACCUUCCAAACCAUCUCUCCUGUGUUGAAAUACAAAUGUUCUUUCAAGAUUGGAGAGGAGUUCGAAGAGGUGACGAAGGCAAUGGACCACCGCAAGUGCCAGUCUGUGGUGAACUGGGACAAUGAUGAGCUGGUGUGUGUUCAGAAAGGAGAGAAGCGAAACAGGGGCUGGACACACUGGAUUCAGGGGGACAAGCUUCAUCUGGAGCUAACCUGUGAAGGUCAGGUUUGCAAGCAAGUCUUCAAAAGGACGACAUAACCCUGCCUUUGUAAGACGGCGUGAUACUUGAUACAUGUUUUCAUCACGAGAUGAGCCACAUGCAUAAUAAAAUGCAGAUCUAUACUCUUGUUCUUUUUUUCCAACACUAAAUGCAGUUGCUUUUGCAUUAAUUUGUGUUUUUUAGUUGAUAAUCCUGAGUGUUUCAUACAAUGUAUUCAUUUUUUUUUUUUUUUUACUCCACUAUCAAAGCAUAGAACGUACUGGUAUAGCGACAAAUUUAUUUUUCCUGUAUUUCAGAACUGUUUUAUUGAUUGGCAAAUUUAUUUGUUGCAGUAGAAUUUUCUUUUUUUUUUACAGUGAAAUUCAAACAAAAUUGUGAUGGUUUACGUUUGUGGCACAGCAAAGAGCAAGUUAUAACCUGGUUCAAGCACAAAUUAAAAAGAGAAACCACACAUGAGAAAAUUUCAAUAAAAAGCUCAAAAGGUUGGCAGCAUGAAGAGAAGAACAUCCGGGUUGUAGUGGAUUUUAUCUCCUGUCAGACUCUGGCCAGCUGCCUCCAGUUCCAAUCAACGCCAAUUUACCUGGAGCUCUCAAAGAAACACAAAGACACCCAGAGGAAAGGUUUGGGCUGCAACACUGCGUGUAAAUUGAAAUUUAGUAGGUAAUAAAAUUACCUAAAGCCACCUGAAUUGGUGACCCUAUAUUCUAUAAAAAAGUAAAUGUUAAUGACCCAUGGUCCUCUGUUUUCCAGUCGGGUGGGUGAGUGGGUGUUCCUCUUGGAGAAUUGGAAAAGCAUUGGGCAGGAGAUGUUCCCUUUUAAACCAGAAACUAAUUUGAUGUAGGGACAUUUAGCCGCACAAAGUCUCUUCCUAAUAUACAGGGGUUAGACAAUGAAACUGAAACACCUGUCAUUUUAGUGUGGGAGGUUUCAUGGCUAAAUUGGACCAGCCUGG